AUGGGGCUUUUGAUUUGGAUGUGCUGGCUGCUGGCUCUCCCACUGCUUCAGUCUGCCAAGAUCCUGACUGUCUGCCUAAUUGGAGGAAGCCACUACUUGUUAUUUGAUGAGAUCUCGUAUAAUUUUCAUCUGCAUGGCCAUGAGGUCCGCAUGCUGCUACAACUUGGAAACCCUCUUAUCACAGGUUUAUCCUACGCCAGUCGUAACGGCAGCUACCAGACCAGCACCUGGUCCCUCGGAGAGGACUACAUUAAACAAUACAACGGCUGGUUCUUGGAGCAACAAGCACAGUUUUUACUGGGACGAGAUAGCUUUAAUGGCUUUUUGAACUUCAUGGGCCACCUUUCUUAUCAGUGCGACAAGCUUUUAGGGGACAGCGAUCAAAUAACGUUCCUCCAGCGGGAGCAAUAUGACGUUGCCAUCGUGGAUGCGUUCAAUCCCUGUUCCUUCAUCAUAGCACACAAACUUGGUGUCCGCUAUAUCGCCUUCUAUCCUGGCCCUCUGAACGGUCCUCUGUCCUUAGACGUCCCCUCGGCCAUCUCUUCAGUGCCAGCUUUCGGCUCACAGUUGACCGACCACAUGGACCUCUGGGGUCGUGCAAAGAACUUUAUCUACUCUCUACUAGGCACUGCAGGCCAGAAAAUUGUCUGGUCCAUGUUCAAGGACGUAGCUGAGCGCCACCUGGGCUCGGUCUCCCACCUCGGUGGCCUGGACGAGUUCCACCAGAAGGCCGAACUCUGGGCCUUUAACACUGACUUUUCCCUUGAGUUCCCACAGCCUCUCCUGCCUUCCAUUGUGUUGAUGGGGGGGCUCCUCAAUAAACCCGCCAAACCUGUGGCUAAGGAUCUCGAAUCUUGGAUUUCCAGUUUUGGAGACUCGGGUUUCAUCGUUGUGACUUUGGGAUCAAUGGUCUCUUCCGUGUCUGUGGAUCGGCUUCUGGUGGAGCUGGUGGACGGCUUCUCCGUGAUCCCCCAAGGUGUGAUCUGGAGGUACGACCGCGAGCGUUGGCCGCAUCACCUGAGCAAACCUUCCAAUGUCCUACUUGUGGACUGGCUGCCUCUCAAUGACUUACUUGGACAUGACAAGGUGUGUCUCUUCAUCACGCACGGAGGUCAGAACAGUCUCCUGCAGGCGGUUUAUCACGCCGUCCCCGUGCUAGGCAUCCCCCUCUUCGGAGAUCAGUUUGACAAUGUGGUGAGGGCUGAAGCAAAGGGUCUGGGCCUCACCGUCAGCCCCGCCCGGAUCACCGGCGAGCUGCUGCACACUACCGUACAAACUCUAAUACAGGAUGCCAGGUUCAAGUCAGCAGCUUUGUCCCUCAGCCGCAUUCACAGAUCACACCCCGUACCCCCCGCGCUUCGUCUCGUGCAGUGGGUGGAGCAUAUCCUGCACAGCGGAGGGGGCGCUCACCUGAAGCCAACCUCACUGCAGCAGCCGUGGUUCCAGAGAUGCCUGCUGGACCUGCUUCUCCUCUUACUGAUGACUCUUGUCGGGUCUGUCCUCCUCUGCUGCGUUCUUUGCAAGAGCAAAACAAUCAAAGGUGAAAGCAAGAAAAUACAAUAG